CAAAUGUUAGUCAGGAAGAGAUUGGAUAUGUCAACAUGGUACGCUAGACUGUGGUAACCGUAGUAAGCGGUAAAUUCAGGAUGGCGACGAAAGUUGCAAACGGUGAUGUAAAAUAUGUGGACAUGAAAACAGUCAGGGAUGGACAAAAAGAGGCUGUGACAAGCCUCACUGGAAUGUAUAUUUUGGUUGCAGCCUUGGUUGCCAUUGCAUGGGGCCUCGGCUGCUAUGGAUUUUCAUUCCUGUGGGUGUUCUUUCUUGUUUCAUGUUUAUUUGUAAUAUGGAAAGCUAAGAUUGGUCGGAUUAUCAAAAGACACUUGGAUUUUGAAGAGGCUACUUUACACAGGAAAAGAGCAUUGCGUCAGAGUGAAACUGUGGAAUGGCUUAACUUUCUGCUGAAUAGAUGGUGGGUGUUCAGCUCCUCGACAAUAGAAGAUUUAGUCAAGAAGAGGUUGGAUGACCGACUGCUGGCCAUCAAACCUUCAUUUCUAGAAAGCCUUGCCUUAACAACUUUUAAUGUGGGCCAGCAGACUCCACACGUCCGCAAUGUCCGAGUGUUUGAGUUUUCGGAGGGAGUCCCUGGAGGACACAAGCCUUGUACCUGGUUCAAUGUCAACCAGCCUCCCAAAGGACUGGACAAUAUGUCCACCUACCAGGUUGUGCUUGAGUCUGACGUGACGAUGCAGUGUGAAGAUUUUAAGAUGAUCUUCCGUGGACGUGUAGGCAGCAAGAGGGUCAAUGUUGGUUUUGACAUGGUCAUUCAGGAACUGGUUCUGUCAGGCACAGUGCAGGCAAUCGUACAGUUCUCAAUGGAUGUCCCCUUCCCUCACAUUGCCAAGGCAACAGUCUGCUUCACCGAAAAACCUGAUGUGACCUUCAACAUCAGCCUGCUGCGGGCAAUACAGAUGAUGGAGGUGCCGUUACUGAAAAGCUGGAUACACACUAACGUCAUGGAGAGCUUGACCAAAGCUCUGGUGGAUCCAGCUUCAGUAGAUAUACACUUUGCCAAAAUUGGACCAAUCCAGAUCAGUCGUGGCAAGCCCAAGAAGAACACUGCAGAGGGUGUACUGACAAUACAGUUGAAGGGGGUUCCUGUCAAGAGUGCUGCAUCUGAUGAGAUCCGAUAUAGUGUACUACGUGUUGGUGACAACAAACGCGAGACGUUGGAGGUUCCAGCAUCAGAGGAGUGGGAAGACGUCUGCUCUUUCUUCAUCUACAGCCUUUCUAAUGAGAAGCUCCAGGUAAAGAACAAGUGUAAGCGUCUGCUGACUUCCACGGUUCUGGAGAAACAUGAAUUCUAUCUGUCUUCAUUCCCAUUCAAAGUGCGAGAGUUUGCAGACAAGGAGAUCAAGAACAAGGAUGGGUCCACGAUGACCAUGAAGAUGCAGUACUCUGCCCUACCUAGCGUCAGUCUAGAGACACUCAUGGAAUCAAAGAAAGAGAAAGUCACAGAAACUUCUGGGGUGAUGUACAUCUGUAUCCAUGGUGCUGUAAAUGUCCUGGUGGCAGACAAGACUGGAGCAUCAGAUCCAUACUGUGUCCUCUUCUGUGACAGGCGAAGGGUGCUGACCACGCCCUACGUUCCACACACUCGGAACCCACGCUGGGAGUCUUGGGUGGAGUUUUUUGUGGCCGACUACACCAAGAGUUCUUUGUCAUUUUUUGUGUUUGACUGGGAUGGAACAAACGUCAUUGACGAUGAUUUCCUGGGUUCAGCUCAUCUGCAGCUUUCCACGGAAGAGACAUGUAUUGUGAAGAAGACUCUGACACUGGGCUACAAUAAACCAUCCGAGGGAUACGUUGUUGAUAAGUCCUGUGGCAUGAUCACUGUGUCAGUUGUCUUCCGACCUGUGUCAUCAGUGGCAAAGUCAGAGAAGUUUCGACAACUGACUGAAAGCAUCAACAAUACUGACUUCCUGUAUCAUGAGGACAUGGUGUCCCCUGCAUCUGUGCUACAGAACAUGGCAUAUCUCCGCCUACCUAAACGAGAAGAUGACCAGGCUGCCAGAGCUUCAACAAGUGCCUCAGCUUACAUUGAAGAAUACCUGGAAGGGAAGACGAUUGUAGAACUGACAAUCCUACAGGCCAAGGAUCUGGUUGCUAUGGACAGAAAUGGUUACAGUGACCCCUUCUGUGUUGUGUUGAAGAACGGGAAGAAAGUGUUCACCACAGCUGUGAAGAAGAAGACAUUGUUCCCCAAGUGGAAUGAGACUGUGACAGUGGAACUCGAGGGAGAUGAUGCCAUACUUACCAUAGAAAUGUAUGACAAUGAUAUGAUUGGGAAGGACUUCAUGGGCAAGAUACCACUGACUGUAGAGAAACUCAAGGAACUGUCUGUCAAGGGCACCACAGACUGGUUCCCUCUACAGAGGACGAAGAGCGGUAAGGUGCAGCUGAAAUGUCAGGUCACCUGCAAAGAUAACAUGAAGAACAAAGAAACGACUGACUCAUUAAAGAAUGAUGUGUUUGACUCUCCCCCUGAGUCUCCUGCCAAGCCAGUGCUACCAGACAUGGUUGUGGACGACACGUACCUCAACUCUGUCCACCUCCCCUCCAACACCCUGAUGGCCACCAGUCCACAGCAGGGACCCAUUCAACGACUGUCAGCCACGAUGCCCAGUGCACAGGUACGGAGGUCUAACUCCGACCUCACCAACAGCACCAACAGCAACAGACUGCAGGGGCGGCCGUGGGACCCAGAGCUUCAACAUGUACCUGAAACAGUUACUCCAAGUCUUGCUGUUUCAGAGAGAGUCAAGCUGUUAAAACAUUAUAAAGAUUUGUCAUUAAAAGUUACUUCAAGUUUUGCUGUUUCAGAGAAAGUCAAGCUGUUAAAACAUCCUAGUAAUGCGUUAUUGUUAACAGUUAGUCUAUGUUUUGCUGUUUCAGAGAAGGUCAAGUUGUUAAAACCUCUAGACAGUUCUAUUUGUGGAGAUAAGCUGUACAGUGUCAAGGGCAAGGUCAUGCAGCUGCGAGGACUGGACAGAGUGGACGGAGAUAUCUACUGUAAAGUCAGGCUCGAACAUCAAAGCCGGAGUAGUCGACUCAAGCUGUUCUCCAACACCCGUGUGAUCGCCAAGUCCCCCAUCAUCAGCUCUUCCCAUCCAGAUGUCAACCUGACAUUCGAGGUUGAUCGAGGCCACGGUGUGUCGAGUGACGAUGUCCUCAUAUUUGAUGUGAAGCAGUCCAGUAAAGAUCAUUUGGCAACAAAAGGUUUUCCUCUCAAGGACCUCCUAGCUGACUGUGAUGCCAGUGGCAUUGUGACAUGGCUGAAGUUGGAGAAUGGUAUCGAUGUUGAGAUUUCACUGUCGUCAGGCUCCCCUAGUCCAACCCACCAGCGUUCAGCUCGAAUCCUCAAAUCACUGUCAUUUAGGAGAGACAAGUGACCUGCUUAACACUGUCUCUAGAGAACUGGAGCAUGAAUAUGUUCUUACAUCAUGGAUGAAGAUCACCUUUCACGUGCAGGCUGUAUAUGGCGCUGUGCCAAAAAAAUGACAUUCUUAGUUUCGAUGUGGACUUGGCAAAUAUCGUUUGAUCAGGAAUUGAGAUAUUGAAAUUUUACUUGAAUAACAUUUGUUUAUGAGGAAGAAUUACUUUAUUUAACUGACUCACUGAAAGAUGUAAAGAUUUAUUUUUAAUUUAUUGGAUAUGAAAUUGUAGCAAAGCAAAAUAUGAAAUGGGCAUUUUGCCAGCCUCUUUAAAUGAUAUAUGAGUAUAUGUGUGUAUAUACAUUUGCUCUUCACUACAUCUCCAAGAGUGUUGUCUAGCCAUCUGUUACAACAGGGGAGAUAAUGUCUAACAGACACUUCAGCCAAAGUCCAUAUACAAAGUCAAGAGUUAAUCAUAAACUAUGACCCAGCUUUCUUUUCUGUGAGAGAGAUUCUUCAGAUCAGCAUAAAAUUGUGUUCAGUGACAUUUUUCAUUUGAUGUGAGGAUGAAUUUUCAUGCGAAGAUAAUUCCAUCUACUCUGAACAUGAUAUGUUAAAGUGGCUUUCUGCUUUUAUUUCAUUGUGAAUAUCCUAGGUCAUAACAAAUUUUGCUAUCAUCCAAUGUUGUGAAUUAUUUAAUGGUGAUGUUGUAUUAAUGUAACUGUAUGGCUUAAAGAAAAAGAUUAUUGUUUUUGCAUGAUUUGACCAAUCUAUUGCUUGACACCCUAUUGAUUUUAAUAUUUAGUAUAAUAGUCAUGUAGAAUCUCGCACUGUAUGUUUGUAGGCUCAACUGUAUUAAGCUAAGUCAGUAUUGCUGUAGAAAACAGUUUUUCAUCAUUUGCAUGUAGACUGCUUGUAUAAUUAUCAACUGAUUAUUAUGUUAUUUUUGUGGAACUGUUAGUGGAAUGAUGGAAUGAGUGAAUUCAGAGUUUACAUGUCUGAAACAAAGUCAAGUAUGAGAGGGACUGAAUGGACCAAGAUUCAAACCCAGACCAUAAUCAUACAGAGUUUUCAUACCAUCAUGUUAACCCACCUCCCCACAUGAAAACUAUAGGCUUUAUACCACAAGAAGUAUCAUCUUUGCAAUGCUUACCAUGAUCUAAAAGAUCAUUGGCCAAAUUUUGUAAUUUCUUGUAGUCUUUGAUUAAUUAAUUCAAUAAUUUCAAGAUACAACCAGUACCCAAAGUGAUUAUUUAUUAUACCGAUAUUAUUUGGAUGUUUUAUGAGUGUGUAAAUGUUCUUAGGAACAUUGCCUGACAGAUGUUCACGAAGAUAUGCUGAUGAUCUGAUAAUGUAUGGUACUCAAUAGAAGUUAAAGCUUGAUUCUUUCAUUUUAUUUUUCAUUUCAUUAUAUUUGAUCUUUCAUGUCAAGAGACUGUAGCAUGUGAUAGAUUUACAAAAUGACUCCUUAUCACUCUGAAAACAUAAAUGAGACUAAUAUGUACUUGCCUCCAAAAUACCUUUUGAUGCAGUGUAAUUCUUUUGAAGAGCAAAAUAUUUGCCUUGGAAAUUUGGUGAGUCAGCAUGUGUUUAGGAUGUUGUAUGUGAAGUGAGUAAGUUUACUGGAAAGGCAGCAGUGCCCCAUGUACUGUGUAACAGUCUGUGUAAAUGGUGUAGUGGUGUUACUUGAUAUAAUAGUCCUACUGGUGUAUGCUACGCAUGAUUGAAGUUCAUAUUCUGUGUGUCACGUUUGUGAUUGUAAGGGACCGUUCAUAAUUUAUGGCUUUGG